AUGCAUCCAGCCAUCAGCAUCGUCGCAGUUGGCGUUUCAACUAUCUUCCUCAUUCUUUCUCUUGCCAUCCCCAAAUGGCCCUGUGGUGGAAAUAUCUUCGAUGUAUGCUCAAAGUUGGCUGGUAACAUGGGUGAAAAUUACCUGGCCGUAGGAGUCCUUAUUGUCAUUGCGAUCCUACUCAUGUUUAUUGUUCUGAUUAUCCUUCUAGUCAUGACGUUUGCUCAUGCACCAUCGUGGGUUAAUAUUAUCGCUGCUGUAGUAUCGAUCGUUGCCUCAAUCUUUGCUGUGGCCGCUGUUCUACUAUUCACCGACAAAGCAAGUGUGUCAUGGAGUCCUCUGAUGGCUAUUGUUGGUACUACAGUAGGAAUUCAGAUCUCCGCUAUGCUGGUUCUUGCUGCCUUCAUCAAAUAA